GUUUCAGGUCCUGUUAUGUCUAUAAACAAAAAGAAAACAACUGUGGUACAUAAAAAAAUAUCUCCAGUAGGUGUUGGUGUCAAUUACAGAGGUGCUUUUAGGUCAAAACCAAAACCAGCACCUGGAAAUGGUUUGGGGUCUGUUACCAUAAUACCAAAACCACAACCAACUCCUUUACCACAAUUCACAAGUCAUAGUGAGCAGGUUUGCAGUACCUGGGGAAACUACCACUUCAUGACCUAUGAUGGUGACUUUUACUACUACCCGGGCAAGUGCAAGUAUGUCUUUGCCUCCCAUUGUAAAGGGAGUCAGGAGGACUUCCACAUUUUGUUCCAACGCACUCAAGAAGAUCUCGGUCCAGUCAUCAGUAACAUUUCCAUAAAGAUCCACCAAGUAGUAAUAGAAAUUUCUAAUAAUUCUAUUACAAUGGAUGGAGAACUUAUUACUGAAACACCUGUUGAUGAGUCCGGGGUUCUGAUUGACAUAAUUGGCGAUUAUGUGAAGAUUGCCUAUUCUAGUGACAUUUACUUUAUGUGGAAUAGAGAAGAUAGUAUACUGCUGAAACUGAACCGCGAUAAAUAUGCUAAUCAGACAUGUGGAAUGUGUGGAGAUUUUAAUGGCGUUAAAGGAUUAACAUACGAUGGCAUUAAGGCCACUGCAGUGCAGUAUGGAAACAUGCAGAAACGGAACGGACCAGUGGAAGACUGUCCAGAUGUUUCUCCUCUAACACCAACUAAAUGCAAAAAUGCGGAUAAAAUAUGUGAAGACAGCCUGACAUCUGAAGCCUUCAGAAGUUGUAACAAGCUUGUUAACCCUAAACAAUACAUAGCCACCUGUGUGCAAGACCUGUGCAGGUGUAGUUCCAAGAGCCGAAUGUCCUGCCUGUGCAAUAUGCUUGCUGAGUAUACACGUCAGUGUACACAUGCUGGAGGUGUUCCUGGGAACUGGAGAAACCCCAAAUUUUGCUCAAAGACAUGCCCUUUAAACAUGGUACGCCAGGAGUGUGGCUCCCCUUGUCUCAAUACAUGCUCCAAUACAGACAGAUCCAUGGUUUGUGAAGAUCACAACAUGGAUGGAUGUUUUUGCCCCAAAGACACUGUGCUUGAUGACAUAAACAACACAGGCUGUAUUCCUCAAGAGAACUGUUUCUGUGUCUAUGAUGGUAAAAAUUACUCCCCAGGAUCAUCCUACAGUACCCCAUGUCGAGCAUGCACAUGUUCCAGAGGGAAGUGGAAGUGUAAAGAGCUACCUUGCAAGGGCACCUGCUCAGUUGUAGGAGGAUCACAUAUUACAACCUUCGAUGGAUUCCAUUAUACUACCAAUGGGGACUGCAGUUAUGUCCUGGCAAAGCACAGCACUGGUCAUGACUUUGUGUUACUGGGAGAGUUACGGAGAUGUGGAAUCAUUAAGAGCAAAUCCUGCCUUAGAGGUGUAGUUCUGGUAUUAAACGGAGGCGAAACUGUAGUGAAUAUUAAAGAAAAUUGUGCCGCCUAUCUUAAUUGGAUGACCAUUCAACUUCCUGUUUCAGUUGCUAAUUUGACAAUUUCUCAGCCUACAUCAUUUUAUCUGAACAUUAAAACGUUUGGAAUGUCUAUCAUGGUUCAGUGCGUACCAAUAUUGCAGGUGUAUGUUGAUUUGGAUUUUUCUUAUGAACAUCAGACUUGUGGUCUAUGCGGAAAUUACAACAAAAUCCAAAGUGAUGAUUUUAAAGCUCUGAGUGGAGUCAUUGAAGGUACUGCUGCAGCUUUUGUUAAUACCUGGAAGACUUUAGCCACCUGUCCGAAUAUUAAAAACAGCUAUGAGGACCCAUGUUCACUCAGUGUGGAGAAGGAAAGAUAUGCAGCGCAUUGGUGUGGUCUUCUUACAUCUGAAACUGGACCUUUCACUGAGUGCCACAGCUUGGAAAGCCCUCUUAUUUAUCAUACGAACUGUAUGUCGGAUACCUGCAGCUGUACAAACAGUGAGGAGUGCAUGUGUGCUGCCCUCCAUUCUUAUGCUUUUGCAUGUAAUAAAAAAGGAGUCCUUAUCGCUGGCUGGAGAGACAACGUGUGCCAAAAUUACACACAGAGCUGCAAAGAAUCCCAGAUAUAUCGCUAUCAUGUCAAUGAGAUCCAGCCUACAUGCCGAUCCCUGAGUGAGGCGGAUGCUACAAGAUACACUGAGCUUGACCCUGUGGAUGGCUGUGUGUGCAGAGAUGGCACCUAUAUGAAUGACAAUGGAGACUGUGUAGAGGCCAGUUCCUGCCCCUGUUAUUAUCAAGGAAAUGUCAUGCAGUCUGGAGAAAUGGUCGAGGAAAAUGGGGUAGCUUGCAAAUGUGACAAAGGCCAGCUAAACUGUAUGGGUGAACUUAAAAAGCCAGUGUGCACCCCUCCGAUGAUUUAUCUUAAUUGCACCAAGGGAAGUAAAGGUAUGGAGUGUCAGAAGAGCUGUGACACACUCGACAUGAACUGUUACAGCUCCCAGUGCAUUUCAGGUUGUGCUUGUCCUAAAGGUUUGGUUUUUGAUGGAUUAGGAGACUGCAUCCCUGAAGAACAAUGCUCAUGUAUCCACAAUGAAGCUGCAUACAGCCCAGGCACCACCAUCUCUGUCGCUUGCAAUACUUGCACCUGCAAGAACAGGAAGUGGCAGUGUACCCAUGAACAGUGUUUGGGGAGCUGUUCCGUUUAUGGAGAUGGCCAUCACAUAUCCUUUGAUAACAAACAUUUCAGCUUUAGUGGAGCUUGUGAAUACACAUUGGUUCAGGAUAACUGUGGUGAGGAAAGAGGCCAAAGCUCCUUUAGAGUUAUCAUGCAGAAUGUUCAGUGUGGCUAUAAUGGCACUAUAUGUACCAAAACUAUCAAGAUCUUUUUUGGGGGAGAAGAACUUUUCUUCGACAAAGAGAAGAUCGAGAUUGUAAAGCGAGGAGAAGCGAAGAGUAUUCAGUAUGAAUUAAUUCGUAAAGGAAUGUACCUCAUUUUAAAAAGUGUUAAUGGACUCUUCAUCAUUUGGGAUACCAAGGCCACUGUCCACGUAAAGCUCAGCUCUGACUUUAAGAGAAAGGUAUGUGGCAUCUGUGGAAACUACGAUGGAAAUGCAAAUAAUGAUUUCACCACAAGGAGUCAUUCAGUGGUAGAGAACUUGAUGGAAUUCUAUAACAGCUGGAAAACAGACCCAAAAUGCCCAGAUGUGCACCAUGUCAAGAAUCCUUGCUCCAUCAACCCAUAUAGGAAAGCCUGGGCAACAAAGCAAUGUGCUAUUAUUACCAGCAACGUCUUUCAACCUUGUCACUCUCAGGUGGACCCUACCAUUUAUUAUGACUCUUGCAUCAGUGACUCAUGUUCUUGUGUUUCUGGCGGAGAUUGUGAAUGCUUCUGUACUGCGGUUGCAGCGUAUGCUCAGGCCUGUAGUGAGAAUGGAGUGUGCAUAAGAUGGAGAACGCCAACUAUAUGCCCUAUGUUCUGCGAUUACUACAAUGAAGCUGGAGAAUGUGCAUGGCACUACAAACCUUGUGGGGACAAGUGUAUGAAGACCUGCAGGAACCCCAAAGGAGAGUGCCUAUAUGAACUUUCAGGUCUUGAAGGCUGUUAUCCCAGCUGCCCUGCAUCUUCACCAUAUUUAGAUGAAGAUAAUAUGAAGUGUGUGUCUCAGUGUGGCUGUAAUGAUGAAAAUGGCAACUUUUAUAACUAUGGAGAAAAAGUACCAUCUAAAGAAAAUUGUCAUUCAUGUGAGUGUUCCAAAAAGGGUAUAUCAUGCCAGUAUGAUAUCUCAGCUUGUCAUUGUGAGCAUGAAGGAAAAGUGUACAAAAUCACAGAAACCUUUUCAAGCUUCAGUGAUAAAGAUGGAAGCUGCAAGCAAUUGAAGUGUGAAGUCAAUGGAACCAUUGUCACUCUCAGUAAUUUAUGCACUACACACAUCACAAAAGGACAAGACGAGCCAACAACAACAAUAACAACAACAAAAACAACAACAACACCAUGUAGUCCUCAGUGUCGCUGGACACAAUGGUAUAAUGAGUCCAAACUUUUAGAAAACGAAAUAAGUAAUACUAAAAUGAAUGACACAAUCACAACCAAAAUAAAAGUAAGCUGCAAAGAUGAGAUCUAUGCUCAGAAGACAGAAUGUAAACUUGCAGAUUCUAGCAAUGAUCUGCCCAGUUCAAAGCAGAGAAUAAAUGCAUUUUGUAAUAUAGUAAAUGAAUCAGAAUGUAUUAACAGUAAGCAAGAUGGACCCAUGAAUGUAUGCAGAACUUUAGAAAUACGAUUCUUGUGCUGUGAUGAUUUCUCACUUUGUUUCGGGUAUAAUCCACCUACAAAAUCCACUACAUUUUUAUCAACUAAAGUAACAAGUGCACCUGGAAAACAAACAUCUGUAGUAUCAACACGAAUAUCCCAUCCUCCAGUUUCUACAGUCCCUACUACACAUUCUAAAAAAACUUUCAGCACAUCAACUACUACACAAAUUGUGUUCUCCACUCCUACAUUUUCUUCUACUACAGCUACUACAGCUACUUCGCCAUCAAAAUCAACAUCAGAGUCUACAACAGCAAAUCCCCCAUCCACCUCAAGUGUAACACAGUCUACCCUUCAUGUCUCCAGAGAGACAACAAGCAUAGGCUCUAAGAGUUCUGUUUCUACAACCACAAUACCAACUAGCACGUCUUUUUCUUCAACAACUAAAAUGUCUCCCACUACAACCUCUGUUACACAAACUACCUCCUCUACAACCACAAUACCAACUAGCACGUCUUUUUCUCCAACAACUAAAAUGUCUCCCACCACAACCUCUGUUACACAAACUACCUCCUCUACAACUACACCUUUUAUAUCAUCAGCCACACCAAACACCCCAUCCAGUCUUCCAACUGUUACAACCAAACCUACAACAUCUAGUCCUUCACCAUCAUCUACGGGUCAAACCACAACUUCUUGCUAUUAUUGUUUUUGGACAAAGUGGUAUAAUGAAAAUAAUCCAACAUCAAAGGCCGAAUCAGGAGAUCAAGAAAGCUAUGAGAUAGUGGAAUCUAAAGGAAACUCAGAGUGCAGGGAUAAAUCGCAUGUUCAGGAUAUUCAGUGUGAAGCUAGUUCAUACUCUGGAAAGGGCUUUAAAGAUUUAAAACAAAAUGCUACAUGCGAUGUUAAAUCAGGCUUGAUAUGCAGGAAUGAAGAUAAUCCGGGACCAUUUAAAAUGUGCUAUGAUUACAAAGUAAGAUUCUACUGUUGUGAAAAACAAAAAUGCCCUUCUUCCACAGCUACUACAGCUACUUCUACAUCACAAUCAACAUCAGAGUCUACAACAGCAAAUCCCUCAUCCACCUCAAGUGUAACACAGUCUACACUUCAUGUCUCCACUGAGACAACAAGCAUAGGCUCUAAGAGUUCUGUUUCUACAACCACAAUACCAACUAGCACGUCUUUUUCUUCAACAACUAAAAUGUCUCCCACUACAACCUCUGUUACACAAACUACCUCCUCUACAACCACAAUACCAACUAGCACGUCUUUUUCUCCAACAACUAAAAUGUCUCCCACCACAACCUCUGUUACACAAACUACCUCCUCUACAACUACACCUUUUAUAUCAUCAGCCACACCAAACACCCCAUCCAGUCUUCCAACUGUUACAACCAAACCUACAACAUCUAGUCCUUCACCAUCAUCUACGGGUCAAACCACAACUUCUUGCUAUUAUUGUUUUUGGACAAAGUGGUAUAAUGAAAAUAAUCCAACAUCAAAGGCCGAAUCAGGAGAUCAAGAAAGCUAUGAGAUAGUGGAAUCUAAAGGAAACUCAGAGUGCAGGGAUAAAUCGCAUGUUCAGGAUAUUCAGUGUGAAGCUAGUUCAUACUCUGGAAAGGGCUUUAAAGAUUUAAAACAAAAUGCUACAUGCGAUGUUAAAUCAGGCUUGAUAUGCAGGAAUAAAGAUAAUCCGGGACCAUUUAAAAUGUGCUAUGAUUACAAAGUAAGAUUCUACUGUUGUGAAAAACAAAAAUGCCCUUCUUCCACAGCUACUACAGAUACUACAGUUACUUCUACAUCACAAUCAACAUUAGAGUCUACAACAGUAAAUCCCACAUCCACCUCAAGUGUAACACAGUCUACACUUCAAGUCUCCACUGAGACAACAAGCAUAGGCUCUAAGAGUUCUGUUUCUACAACCACAAUACCAACUAGCACGUCUUUUUCUUCAACAACUAAAAUGUCUCCCACCACAACCUCUGUUAAACAAACUACCUCCUCUACAACUACACCUUUUAUAUCAUCAGCCACACCAAACACCCCAUCCAGUCUUCCAACUGUUACAACCAAACCUACAACAUCUAGUCCUUCACCAUCAUCUACAGGUCCAACCACAACUUCUUGCUAUUAUUGUUUUUGGACAAAGUGGUAUAAUGAAAAUAAUCCAACAUCAAACGCUGAAUCAGGAGAUCAUGAAAGCUAUGAGAUAGUGGAAUCUAAAGGAAACUCAGAGUGCAGGGAAAAAUCGCAUGUUCAGGAUAUUCAGUGUGAAGCGAGUUCAUACUCUGGAAAGGGCUUUAAAGAUUUAAAACAAAAUGCUACAUGUGAUGUUAAAUCAGGCUUGAUAUGCAAGAAUGAAGAUAAUCCGGGACCAUUCGAAAUGUGCUAUGAUUACAAAGUAAGAUUCUACUGCUGUGAAAAACAGAAAUGUCCUUCUUUCACAGCUACUACAGAUACUACAGCUACUUCUACAUCACAAUCAACAUCAGAGUCUACAACAGCAAAUCCCUCAUCCACCUCAAGUGUAACACAGUCUACACUUCAUGUCUCCACUGAGACAACAAGCAUAGGCUCUAAGAGUUCUGUUUCUACAACCACAAUACCAACUAGCACGUCUUUUCUUCAACAACUAAAAUGUCUCCCACCACAACCUCUGUUACACAAACUACCUCCUCUACAACUACACCUUUUAUAUCAUCAGCCACACCAAACACCCCAUCCAGUCUUCCAACUGUUACAACCAAACCUACAACAUCUAGUCCUUCACCAUCAUCUACAGGUCAAACCACAACUUCUUGCUAUUAUUGUUUUUGGACAAAGUGGUAUAAUGAAAAUAAUCCAACAUCAAAGGCCGAAUCAGGAGAUCAAGAAAGCUAUGAGAUAGUGGAAUCUAAAGGAAACUCAGAGUGCAGGGAUAAAUCGCAUGUUCAGGAUAUUCAGUGUGAAGCGAGUUCAUACUCUGGAAAGGGCUUUAAAGAUUUA